CAUAGUUUAAACAUUGCGUUCUGAUGAUAGUCUUGUGUUUCUCUGACAGUCGAAAUGGCAGCACGAACUAAACUUACACAGAUUUUGCUUUUAUUUUUAGAGGGCAGAGAGCUUCAUCUAAGUGAUCUAUGAAAUUCACUGGUAUUAUUUGAAAAAUGAAUUAAAGUUCGAUUUUUCUGCUGCCUGAUGUGUUAACUGGGGAACCUAAAGCUCAGGUCACUUACAAGCUACAGUUAAACUCAAAACCCUUUUUGAAACUUGGACUGCAUAAUGUUUUAAUAGCUUGUCGUUCAGGUUCUGAGGAAACCUGCUCGAUAGCAUUCUGUUCAUAGCUCUGUGUGUUCAUGAGUGCUCACACGCCCACCCAGGCUACCACAUCCAGUAACUUUAGAGGCUCUGCGAGGGGAACGUUUUGUCUUAAGCAGAAAAGAAAAAGACCAAACGCCUGGCGUUGGUUCUUGGAAUCAAAUAGACAACUCUGGUGUUUAAACAAAAGCCAAACGACAUUUUUUUUUCCAAUUGCUGCUCAUCAUUACUUUGAUCAACCAGUCAAUGCUAGGUUGCAGUCCUUGCUCACCUUUGGUCAUCAUCAGGUCAGUCACAGCUGACCCAUGGAGAGCAGAACAGACAGUCCGAUCGCUGUUAGCGUGGAGCAGCACUCCAACUUCGUCAUCCUGACAUACUUCCAGGGGGACAUUAACAGCAUGGUGGAUGCUCACUUCAACCGUGCUCUCAAGAAAGAUUACAGUGCUAAGGAAUCAGCAAUAAAGACAAAGAAACACUCUAAAACUAUUAAACUGGAGGACACAGCAAGCGCUUGUCAGGGCAUGGCUAUUGACUCCUACUCAAUGUCACAGGUCUCCCCUGCAUCACGUCUGCUGACCAUCACCACUCCAAACAAUACUUCUAGCUCCUGGUCUACAUUCCCUACCAGGGCAGGAGAGGGCCCAGGGUUGUCGUCAAUUGCAUACUCCCUGUCCCCAGAUGGGUUAAGUCUCACUGGUCAGCAGUAUGCCUCAUCCCUCCUCAAUCUACUGCACAGCGACCGGGGUGAAAUGGGACCAGUUGCCUCCAGUUCCAAGCCCGAGCUCCUUCCCAGCUGGACAAUACCUCAAGGGUUUAGAGAGUCUGUGGACCCUGCUAUAGGCUUUGAACCUGGACGGCAUCUGGAAAAGAAGGACUUGCACUGGUACUGAAGGGAAAACAGCUUCAUCUACUCUGUGAACCUGUGGCUCUGUAAAGCCACCUGUCUUUCUGUAGCCGUUUGUACUUGUUCGACGGGCCUGCAAGGAUCAUCUGAGAACGAACUGAGAGGAAAAAGCUGUGCGAAAUGACCUCAGUGCCUUAGCAUGUAGUAACUGGAAUAAUCUUUCUAAAAAAGAACAGUCUCUGACAAACUGGUUCUUCAAGUCCGUCAUUCCAGAGCACUGUAUGUGCUGCUGCUCUGUUUGUGGUGGAGUUGAAUGAAGGCUUUCUCUUUCAUUUUUUUGCGGGCAUACUUCAGUAAAUAGGCCAGUAUUAAGAAUGAACAUGUUGUAAAUGUAAGAUUUUGACAUAACUUCUAACUAAUCAAUUAAAGUUUGUUUGGAUUGGACCUUUAGUUGAAGUGAAAAUAUUUUAUGUACAUAGGAACAGACGAAUGAAGGAUAAUGGUACUGUAAUAAUUACAUAUUUUCUGUAAUACUGUCAAGGUAAGGUGUCUGAUGGUGUAACAAGAAAUCAGAUUUACACAGUAGACAAAUAAAACUCUCAGAUAUCAUCCAAUGUUAAACAGACAUAAUAUUUUCAUUCUGGUUUGGAAAAAUAACCAUCGUGCAACAGAUAAUCGUGUAAAAUGAACAAUGCUGACACCUUUUGGCAUGUUUUAUGGCUUUUGCAAGAGCAUUUACCCAAAUAAUGAACUUAAACUUUGAUUCUUUAAAGAAUAUUUGUUAUUAUAUUUGUGUUGUUUUACUUAAAUAUAAGUUGUAUGAAUUUUAAUUACAACUACUACAGCUACUUGUACUUUAAUAAAUGAUGUGAAUAUUUCUUCAA